AUGGAGCCUCCCACCAGCGACCCCAACAUUCAGAAACUCCUGAAUGCUGAGAAACGCGCCCAAGAGAUCGUGGAUCGCGCCAGAGCGGCCAGGACUCAGAAAUUGAAGCAGGCCAAGGAGGAGGCCGAGCAAGAGAUCGCUGAGUACCGCCGGGAGAGGCAGGACGAAUUCGCGAAGAAGAUGGCGGAGGGGAGCAACACGUCGGACGAGACGUUCAGCAGCUUGAAGGCCGACAGUGACAAGACCGUCCAGGAGAUCAUGGACGGCCUUCCCGCAAAAAAGAAGCCCAUCGUGAGCAUGUUGCUGGAUUUCGCUUUGAAGGUUGACGCUUGA